AUGCAGGCUGGCAUUCGUGACUUGGCCGGCAUUCGUGACUUGGUCGACGACUUCGAGCACGGAAGGGGCAUCGGCAGCAACCGAUUCAAAAACACAGCGGAUGGCGGCACAGGUGAUGGGGAAGGCGGUGGUGGGGAUGGCAGCACUGCGGGUGCAGCGGAGGAGGAGCGGCGUGAUGACGAAUUCCCUGGGCUUGGCGGUGGCUGGGAUGAUGACGAUGAUGACUGGGGCUUUGGGAAUGGGGGGGCUGGUCGUGGUGCUACUGCUGGUGCCACUGCUGCUACUGGUGGUGCCACUGGUGCUGCUGCUGCCAAUGUUGGUGCUGCUGCCGCUGGUGCUGCUGCUGCUGCCACUGCCGCUGCUGCUGCCAAUGGUGCUGCUGCUGCAAAUGGGGCUGCUGCUGCCAAUGGCACUGCGGAUAGUGAGGAUGCUCUUAUGGAGGAUGACAUGGGCGCGGGCACGACAGCAGAGUCCCCAAGGGACACCCCUGGUAGUGUGGGUGCAGGCGUGAAGCGCAAGGCGAAGAGGCUUUUGAGUCGACUCAAAGGUCAUCCUGUGGCUGCCCCUGGUGAUUUGGGCGCGGGCACCACGGCAGAGGCCCUUGCGGACACCACAGCAGAGGCUCGAAAGGGUACCACUGGCAGUGUGGGUGCAGGGGCGAAGCACAAGGCGAAGAGGCGACGGGGGUGCAUACUGGAAGCGGAAGGGCAAGCAGACGGAAAGAAAGCAGAGAGCGACAGAGAGACAGAAGGGAUUAGGCUUCCUGGAGAGGAGGAGGAGGAGGAGGAGGAGGAGGAGGAGGAGGAGGAGGAGGAGGAGGAGGAGGAGGAGGAGGAGGGUAUAGAAGAGAAGGAAGGGGACAGUACAGAAGAGCAGAAGGGAGAGGAGGGUACACAAGAGGAGAAGGGAGAGGUGGGAACAGAAGAGAAGGAAGAGGAGGGUACGGAGAAGAAGGGAAAGCCGGUUGCAGAAAAGGACAAGACAGAGGAGGGUACAGAAGAGGAGAAGGAAGAGGAGGGCACAGAACAGGAGAAGGGAGGGGAGGUUGCAGAAAAGGACAAGGCAGAGGAGGGUGCAGAAGAGAAGGGAGAGGAGGCUACCUACCAGGAGAAGGUAUUGGUAGCGGACGUGGCCAGAGCUGAUGCUCCUGCUGCUAUGUCACCUGCAAGUGAUCCUCCUGCUGCUAUGUCACCUGCAAGUGAUCCUCUUGCUACUAUGUCACCUGCAAGUGAUCCUCUUGCUGCUAUGUCACCUGCAAGUGAUCCUCUUGCUGCUAUGUCACCUGCAAGUGAUCCUCUUGCUGCUGUGGCGCAUGAACCUGCAGCUACAGCAUCCGAGCCUGCAGAUGUUCCACCUGAACUUGCUGCUGUGUCACCUGUGGCACAUGAACCUGCACCUGCUGCAUCUGAACCUGCAACGGCGGCAUCGACACCAGCAGCUGCAGCUCCUGCAGAUGUUCCACCUGAACUUGCUGCUGUGUCACCUGUGGCACAUGAACCUGCACCUGCUGCAUCUGAACCUGCAACGGCGGCAUCGACACCAGCAGCUGCAGCUCCUGCAGAUGUUCCACCUGAACUUGCUGCUGUGUCACCUGUGGCACAUGAACCUGCACCUGCUGCAUCGGUACCUGCAAUGGUGCCAUCGGAACCAGCAGCUGUGGAUUCUGAACCUGCAGGUGCAGCUUCUGAGCCUGCUGAUGUGGCACCUGAACCUGCUGCUGUGGCACCUGAACCUGCUGCUGUGGCACCUGAACCGGCUGCUGUGGCACCUGAACCUGCUGUUGUGGCACCUGAACCGGCUGCUGUGGCACCUGAACCGGCUGCUGUGGCACCUGAACCGGCUGCUGUGGCACCUGAACCUGCUGUUGUGCGUGCUGCAAAGGCGGAUGGUGAUGCUGGCACCACGGAAUGUGCAUCUGACCCCUCAUGUGUCCCUGGUGCUGAAGAACCUUGUGCUGAUGAUGAUUCUGGUGACAUUCUUGUAUUAACUGCUGCUGCUGCAACUGCUGGUGCUGCGAAAUCUGGUGAUGCCGGUGGUGUUGGCACAGGUGGUGGACCUGCACUUCUUCCUGGUAGUGCAGCGAGGUAUGUGAGCGAGGAGGAGCUUGCUUCUUUCAUCCAGUUUUUGGAUGACGUGUGA